UAAUUUUCAGUCAAAGCUCCAUUGUCCAGUUUCACUGAUGGAGGCUUCGUUGCAAUUCAGAACCACCGCACCGGCGGCGACGGUAAGACCGGCGGUCUCAUUUCGAACCCCAAUCAAUCUCACACCCAAAAGGUUCGGCUUCUCCAGUGCCGGGGCUCUCAUGUCAAACCCGAAACGCAUUUCCCUCUCUUGUUCUCCAAUUCGAGCUCAACAGCCUGACUUGAAGGAAGAGUCCGCAACGCUUUCUGAAUCGAAUAUAUCGGAAGCAGAGGCCCUGAAAAUCAAGGAAUGGGAAGUGCAGAGGCUCCAGGAUGAGGUUGCUGCUAACCAGGGUAUAAGGAUUCGGAGAAGGCCGCUUACAGGGCCGCCGUUGCAUUACGUUGGCCCUUUCGAGUUUCGGUUGCAGAACGAAGGGAACACACCUCGGAACAUUCUAGAAGAGAUUGUUUGGAACAAGGACAAGGAAGUUUCUGAGAUGAAGGAGAGAAGACAUCUUGGCACGUUGAGGAAAGCACUUGAGGAAGCACCUCCUGCUCGAGAUUUUGUUGGUGCUCUUAAGGCAUCUUAUUCUAGAACUGGAUUGCCUGGCUUGAUUGCUGAAGUGAAGAAGGCUUCUCCAAGCAGAGGGAUAUUAAGAGAAGAUUUUGAUCCUGUUGAAAUUGCCAAAGCUUAUGAGAAAGGUGGAGCAGCAUGCCUUAGUGUUUUGACUGAUGAGAAGUAUUUUAAGGGAAGCUUUGAAAACCUUGAGGCUAUAAGGAAUGCUGGAGUGACGUGUCCUUUGUUGUGCAAAGAAUUUAUUAUAGACGCAUGGCAAAUUUACUAUGCUCGAACCAAAGGGGCUGAUGCAGUUCUUUUGAUUGCCGCUGUUUUACCUGAUCUUGAUAUAAAAUAUAUGAUUAAGAUCUGCAAAUUGCUUGGGAUGACUGCACUUGUUGAGGUACAUGAUGAGAGGGAGAUGGAUCGUGUGCUUGGAAUAGAUGUGGUUGAACUGGUUGGCAUCAAUAACAGAGACCUAGGAACUUUCAAAGUUGAUAUUAGCAACACAAAGAAACUCCUUCAAGGAGAACGUGGGGAAAAGAUCCGUGAGAAGGGCAUAAUUGUUGUUGGGGAAUCUGGACUAUUUACUCCUGCUGAUAUUGCAUAUGUACAAGAAGCUGGUGUCAGAGCAGUUUUAGUGGGAGAGUCGAUUGUGAAACAGCAAGACCCUACAAAAGGAAUUUCUGAACUAUUUGGUAAAGAUAUUUCCUGCUGAGAUCCCAGAAGACUAAGGCUUAUGUAUCUCUUUGGGCCUUUGGGUUUAAUUGAACCUUGAACAGGUUCUUAUACAGUUUUGUGUUGUAUCUAGUACCUUAAAUCCUUAAAGUUCCCAAAUUUGGUUACUUAUCUCUCUCAGUGAAAUACCCAAAUAAUUAUUAGUUGUAUAAACAAAAUGCUUUUGCUAUUUCAGCUUGAGCUGAGAAUUGAGAAAUGUUUUACUGGUUUAAUCAA